AUGGCAUCCGCUCUGGAUGUUUCUCAGGGGAGCACUCAGGAGUUAUACUCUGAAAAUAGAUCAUCAGCCGAGCAACCUCCCACUCGUCAUGUCUGCCACUGUGGAAAAGGCUUUAUCAGGAAGGAGCAUCUUCGACGGCAUCAAGCCACCCACGGAGAGCGGAACUUUGUAUGCUCCGUAUGCCAACGGUCGUUUACACGAAAGUCAGUUAACUCCCCGACCGCCCCGGAGUCUUCUUUUGUGCUGACUUUUCUAAGUGACCUGCUCCGUCGUCACCUGACACGCCAUGACAUGCCAGCGGCUCCAGAUCCUAGACGCGGUCGAGCUUGCGAUGCCUGUCACGCAAACAAGACAAAGUGCGAUGGAGGUAUCCAGUGCACGCUCUGUGCCAAGAGAGGCAUCAGCUGCACAUACAAGCUUGUAUCAAAAAGCAGCAGCGACGGCAAGACAUCCAAAAGCAAUGCCUCGCCUUCAAAUUCCCCAACCUCUUCUUCUCCCGCAGCGGCUAUCGGAUUUCGAGAGGCUUUUGCUUCGGCUGCUGCCAAUAUGAGAACGACACUGCAAUCAAGCCCAAAAGAAGACGAAUUGACGGCCGGACUAAAGAGAAUUGCUGGUGAGCUGGCAUCUGGGGAAAUCUCUAUCGACGGUAGUACCCGCAUGUCUAGCGUCGACAAGGAUUGGAUGGAGGCGAGUUCAAAAGAAUUCUUUGAUCGAUUCCACGAUAGCUGGCCGAUACUCCAUGCGCCGUCAUUCUUUCCCAUGGACCAUGCACUUGUUGUGUCGGUCUCUGUUGUCAUGAUAAGUUCAUGGUUAAAGAACCCUGAUGGGAUGGCUGAGCCUGUGCUGAGACUGCAUGAGGUCUUGAUGGAACGUUUCUUUGAGUGGAUUAGCGAAAAGUUGGUUGCAAGGGCAACAUUAUUACGCGGGAUGCUUGUUGUAUACAUGAGAGAGAUGGAGUUCUUUGUCUGUGAAAGCGCAGCAUAUGAGCAACGAGUUCAUUUUCCAGGCACAUUCAUCCCUUGGUUACAAACAAUCCGCGAACGAUGGAAGAGACUCAUCGUUGCUUUAUUCAAAAUCGACGUAUACCUCUCAAUGGCCCGCGGCCAACCCUCAGCCCUACACCGAGAAGAAAUCGACGCGACAAUGCCUUCGACCUUUUCUCUAUGGAACGCAUACGGCUUGAACGUCUUCUUUAGACGGCUUUCACAGGAACCAACCGAUCGCGUGGGAUUCAAGCUCUCCGAAGUCAUCAGCAACCCAAACUCCCAAGCAAAGUCCCUCGUGCUUCUCGAAGACGUCCACCUAGCUCUAUGCGGGCUACUUCCUGGAAUAUGGAACCACACUCAGAUCGUGCGACGAACCACCGAAGCCGGAAGGCCAAUGCCGAAUUCACUCACUUCGCUCGCUUGGCAACUUGAGACAUGGAAAGCAGAUCUAGAGCGCAUCUCUCAUCAGUGCACACAGUGCUUCCAUACUGAUCAGAUUGAAGAGUUUCCCUUCUUUGCCUAUGUUGGUAAAUACGACGAGGAACCACAACGAGCCAAGGUGGCGGCGAUGAACCAUAUUAAAUGCCUUGUCUCGGACUGCAUGAUGACGUAUCACCUUCAAGGGAUGCAGCUCUAUUCCGACAUACGCAUCAUGAACACAGUUGCGAGGUUCUCUGCUCAAGGAACUGGAGAGGAUUCCUCCAAGUCAUUACGAAUACAGAAGCAUCAAGCCCAACUCAACGCAUGGGCUGCAACUUCAGAGAGCAGACGGGCCCUCCUCCACGCCGUUAGCGUGCUACGCGGAUGCGAAGCCGACAUCCAAACAAACGAACCCCAAACACAAUCCAUAGAUCCCAUAGCAUAUCUCGCCAUCUCCAUGAGCGCACUCGUAGUCUGGACAUGGCUCAUGUUCUCUGAGCAUGCCUGCAACUGCGUUCCAAGCCUGAGUCACAUAAACGUUGGGGUAGACCCGACAAAUCUGCAGAGCACGGCUCAGCUGGAGAGUUGGAUACAGUCUGGUGGUACAGCUGCACUGCAUAGUAUACCGCUUUGCAGAUGCGUUGCUGAAGGGUGGAUGGCGAGGUUCAACGCUCUGCUUCCUCAAGGGAGCAGGAGGUGGGAGUUGAGUGAUGAUGUGGCUCCAGUUUUGCAGCCUGUAGCUGCGGCUAGUUGA